AUGGGUUGCACGUCGUGCAAGCCUGUGGCACAGAAUGAGAUGAAGGGGGGGGCGUUAGGGUCACCGCAGUCCACAGGCGCGACGGCGACGGAGUUGGCCGACAUCAAGAAGAACUUAGCGCCGCUGUCUUGUGACAACGAAGCGGCCAAAACGGAGGGGAAGCCUCCGGCGUACCAUGUGCGUCGCAGUAUUGCGACUGCCAGAGUACACAUUGGGAGCACCGAACAAGUUUACGAGAAGUACGAACUCUCGGACGAGAUUCUGGGUACGGGCGUGUCAGGAAUCGUGAGGAUCGCCAGGGACCGCGUGACAGGGGUACGGUACGCCAUCAAGACUUUGAGUCUCCAGAAUAUUUCGCCUAAGAAGGCGGCUAUGUUGCACAAUGAGGUCAAUAUAUAUCUGAAGCUGGACCAUCCGAAUAUUGCGAAGUUGAUCGAGGUUUUCGAGGACGACAAACGCAUUUUCGUGGUAAUGGAGUUGUGUACGGGGGGCGAGCUGUACGACCGUCUGGCUGCUAAAAAGCGUUAUAGCGAGGCAGACGCUAUCAAGGUGACUACGCAGAUGUUAGAGGCCAUCAACUACUGCCAUGGUCACUCGAUAUGCCACCGGGACUUGAAGCUGGAGAAUUGGGUGUACUCUAACAUGAGUGAGGACGCGGAGCUCAAGCUUAUUGACUUCGGAUUUUCUCGCAUUUUCUCACCUGUCGUACCUAUGACAGCUAUGCAUGGCACCGUCUAUUACGUGUCGCCCGAGGUCAUGGACGGCUGCUACAGAGAGAAGUGUGAUAUCUGGAGUUUGGGUGUUAUUGUGUAUAUGCUGCUUAGCGGCUCGCCUCCAUUCAAUGGGAACGUGGACUAUCAGAUCUUGAUGAAGAUCCGGAAUGCACAGUAUGACUUCAAUAGUCCAGUCUGGAACACGAUCUCACCGAGCGCUAAACGCUUCAUUGAGCAUUUGUUGGUUAAGGACCCCACGCAACGACCGAGCGCCAAGCAGGCGCUCCAACAUCCAUGGCUUCAAGACGCCCAUACAGUCGACAACGAAAUAAGUCUAGAUGUCCUGCACUCAAUCAAACAGUUUGCGGAAGCCAACACCCUGAAGCGAGCGGCAGCCAAACUGGUGGCUUAUUCCUUCACCUCCCACGACGUUAAGGACCUACAACAAGAGUUCCGUAAACUGGAUGACAACCAAUCCGGUACCAUAAGCAUGACCGCCUUCGUCCAAGCAGUAACCUCGAAACUCAAAAUAUCUACAGAAGAAGCCGAGACUAUAUUCCACAGAAUAGACCCAGACGAUAGCAAAGAGGUCCAAUACACGUCCUUCUUGGCAGCCACUCUUCAUGCAAAGCUCACAACCGACGACCAUUGGGUGAGAGAAGCUUUCGACUUACUCGACGCUGACCGAUCCGGCCUCAUUACGGUCAAAGACCUGCGGGAUGUCCUAGGCGACACCUUUGGGCAAAUUCCGGUGGAACAAAUCAUGAGCCAAGCAACUGCUCAAGGCACAGGAUUAACAUAUGAAGCAGUACCAACCAACUCGUCCCAACACUAUACUCUUCUCACCAUCAUUACUCACUACUUGUCCCACCAUUACCUGUCCCAUGUACACUUCUGGUUUCAGUUCCGGAGCUUAAUAAUGAUAAAUGACGAGUCUAAGCAAGACAAUGGACCCGAUCGGUUUCCUAUAGAGUCUAGGGCUUCGUUCUCAAACGCAGUCGUGGAGCUACAAUUGGGGGGCCAGAACAAAUAG